AUGGACGGCCCUGCAUCUUCCCUCCCCUACACCUGCAACACUUGCCUUGUUGCUUUCCGCGGCAGCGAUGCGCAGCGGGUGCACAUGCGCACUGACUGGCACUUGUAUAACAUGAAGCGUCGCAUUGCCUCUCUUCCCCCAGUCUCUCAGGAAACCUUCAACGAAAAGGUGCUUGCCGCCAAAGCCACCACCACUGCCGCGGCCGCCAAGGCAUCGUUCGAGACGACCUGUGUCGCUUGCCAGAAGACCUUCUACAGCGAGAACUCCUACCAGAACCACAUCAAGAGCUCCAAGCACAAGGCUCGCGAGGCCCGCAUGAGCCGGGAAAAUGCCGACGAGUCGUCCUCCGUCAUGAGCUCCACCUUCUCCCUGGGAGAACCCAUCAACAAGCCCCGCGUCGGAGAGUCCGAGGUCAACAAGGUCGCCGAGACCCUCAAGGAUGCUACCAUCAAGGAAGAGAGCAAUGAAGACGAGGAGAUGUCUGAUGAUGGGUUCUUUGCGUCUCGUUGUCUCUUCUGUCUGCAGAAGUCGGACAAUGUUGAAGAAAACACCGAGCACAUGUUCAAGACCCACGGCAUGUUCAUUCCCGAGAAGGACUACCUCGUUGACAUUGAGGGUCUUCUCCACUACCUGUGGCGCAAGAUCAACGAGAACAGCGAAUGCACCUACUGCCAUAUGAUCCGCAACACCCCCGAAGGCAUCCGCACCCAUAUGAAGGACAAGGGCCACUGCAUGAUCGCUUUCGAGUCUGAGGCCGAGCAGAUCGAGAUUGGCCAGUACUACGACUUCCGCAGCACCUACUCAGACGACGAAGAGUGGGAGUCUACCGGCAGCGAGACACAUGAGGAAGGCGGCGUCAAGGUUGACGGCGAAGACGAGGGAUGGGAGACAGACGCCUCAUCCAUGGACGAGGACGAGGACGACCUCGACAACCGUAAGCGCGCGCCCGUCGUCUACGCCACCGACUACGAGCUGCAUCUGCCCUCCGGUCGCAGCGUCGGUCACCGCUCCCUCGCCAAAUACUACCGCCAGAACCUGCACAACUACCCCACCGCAGAGGAGCGUGCCGAGCGCCAACUUGCCAUCGAGAACGGCGAGAUCGAGGAAGAGGAGCCGAAGCCUCGUGGCCGCAACCUCAACCGUGCUCUUAUCACCCGUGCCAAUGGCGGUACUGGUAUGAUUGGAACGACGGAUUCCCAGAAGAGGGACGUGAUGAUCAGCGAGCGCAAGGAACGCCAGAGAGCCAUGCGACAAGAGCAGCGCUUCACGGCACGGGUCAACCGGCAAGCCAACCACCAGAAACACUUCAGAGAUCCUCUCCUGCAAUGA